UCUCUCUCUCUCACAUAAAAGUCUGCUGACAAAUUACUUCUCCAUGAAACUUGGCUUUGGGAUUUCGAGGCAAUCCAAUCUGAAUGUGGCAAUGAUGAGCUCAAGCCACUCUCAAUCACAAUCACAAUCACAAUCACUCCCGCAGAAAUGUAGUUUGAAGAUCAAAAACGUAAAUUCUUGGAAUCCCAAAGGAAACAUGUCUUUGAACUCAAACGAAUCUCUGGUUUCUCGUGCAAAGAAAGUGAGGGAUAAAUGGAUGGAGUUUCAAGGGAUCAAGAACUGGGAAGGCCUGCUUGACCCCCUCGACGACGACCUCCGCCGCGAGAUUCUCCGCUACGGCGAGUUCGUCGACGCCGCCUACAAAUGCUUCGACUUCGACACCUCCUCCCCCUCCUACGCCACGUGUCUGUUCCCGGAGGCCUCCAUGCUGGCCGGCUCCGGAUAUAAAGUCACCAGGAGCCUGCACGCCACGUGCGGGGUCCAGCUCCCCACCUGGGCCGGGCGGCGGGCCCCUGACUGGGCAUCUGCCCAGUCCAGCUGGAUUGGCUACGUUGCGGUCUGCGAGGACAAGGACGAAAUCGCCAGGCUCGGCCGCCGCGACGUAGUCAUCGCCUACCGAGGCACUGCCACGUGCCUCGAGUGGCUCGAGAAUCUACGCGUCAACCUCACCAGUCUCCCGGAUGACAUGGCGGGGCACGAUAGCGACAAGGACUCGAUGGUGCAGAGCGGUUUCCUAAGCCUGUACACCUCGGGCACCCGCGCCCGAGGAAGCCUGCAGGCCUCGAUACGAGACGAGAUCGAAAAAAUCCUCGAAAAAUACGCGGACGAGCCGCUGAGCAUCACCGUGACGGGGCACAGCCUCGGCGCGGCCCUGGCGACAUUAACGGCGCACGACAUAGCGAAGACGUUCAAGCACGCGCCCCUCGUGACGGUGGUGUCGUUCGGGGGGCCUAGGGUUGGGAACAGGAGCUUCAGGAGCCUCCUAGAAAAGAGUGGCACUAAAGUGCUGAGAAUUGUCAACUCUGACGAUCCCAUCACAAAAGUGCCUGGCUUCGUCCUGAACGAGGACGAGGAGGCAAGUGCGUCACUAAACAGCGACGCACAAAAAGCGGCGGGGGUACUAAAUUGGCUGCAGAAGCGCGUGGAGGAGACGCAGUGGGUGUACGCGGAGAUAGGGAAGGAGUUGAGGCUGAGCAGCCGGGACUGCCCGGAUCUGAGCAACGGGAGCGUCGCCACGUGUCAUGAUUUGAAGACGUAUCUACAUUUGGUGGAUAAUUUUGUGAGCUCGAAUUGCCCGCUAAGAGCUACGGCAAAGAUGGUGCUAGAAAGAGCUCAAUAGGAGAAGA